GAAUUUCAGUCCUUCUUAGUUGACACUUAUGCUCCAAACAGGGCUUAAUCUUGGGUGCUUUGCUCGGCACUGUCCGUGAUUCUUGACCUGGUAUUGGACGAAUCACAUUCCUUAUCAUGUCUGCCUCUGCUACAACUAGAUGCUUUUCCAAAGCGCUUCCUUCCAAAACCAUUCUUCCCAUUCCCCCGCGGUCCCAAAUUUCCCAGUCCUCGAAGGUGGCUUCAGCGUCCCAAGUUCGUGUCUUUGCCAGGAGAAAGAGAGCCAAAAAGGCCGUGAAAGUUCAUGAAAAGGAGCAUGUGGCCAUGACUCAACACCAGGAGGAGCUUGGUUUACCUGAAAUCGAAGAAUUUGCAUAUAAAGGAGCAAAUGAGUCUCCUAAUGAAUCACCUACUAACUGGAAAAUGGUGCUGGAAGGGAUUCGCAAAAUGAGAUGUUCCGCAGAUGCUCCAGUAGACACUAUGGGAUGCGAAAAAGCUGGCGAAACUCUUUCUUCCAAGGAGAGGAGAUUUGCUGUCUUGGCAUCUUCCCUUUUGUCAAGCCAAACUAAGGAUCACGUUACUCAUGGAGCAAUUCAACGUCUUCUUCAAAAUGGUUUGCUUUCGGCUGAUGGACUUGAUAAAGCUGAUGAAGAAACCAUCAAAAAGCUCAUUUACCCAGUUGGAUUUUAUACAAGAAAAUCCAUUAACUUGAAAAAAAUUGCAAAUAUUUGCCUCACGAAGUAUAAUGGGGACAUACCUAGCUCAAUAGAAGAACUACUCUCACUUCCAGGCAUAGGUCCUAAGAUGGCUCAUUUGGUUAUGAAUGUUGGAUGGAACAAUGUUCAAGGGAUAUGUGUAGAUACUCAUGUCCACCGCAUCUGCAAUCGGCUUGGAUGGGUUUCAAGAUUAGGCACGAAACAGAAAACUUUGACACCUGAAGAAACAAGAGAGGCACUGCAACGAUGGCUUCCCAAGGAAGAAUGGGUCCCAAUAAAUCCUCUUUUGGUAGGUUUUGGGCAGACAAUUUGUACGCCUCGCCGACCUCACUGUGGAGAAUGUGGUGUAAGUGAUUUCUGCCCGUCAGCGUUCAAGGAAACCUCGAGCCCUCUUUCCAAGUCCAAAAACUCGGGACUGAAAAGAAGCUUAAACCAGACUGCCUCUGGAGUUUUAGGUUUGGAAUGAGUCAUUCUCGUUAAAUUAAAUAUAAAUAUUUAGUGCGUGGUUGUGUAUCCUUUUACAGAAUCGCACCUGGAAACUGAUUUUGUUGACUUCACUGGAUAUCAAAAGGAACUAGUGAUGAACCCCUGCGGGACUAUAAAAUGAAAUGGGGGAAAACAUAUUAUAGAUAAAAAUAAGUGGCAAUGUUAUGUUUCC